AUGGUGAUAGGAAAGCGUGCAAACCAAAGCUUGCUCUGGAAGACCAAGAAGAGGCGUAAUGGAGGACGCUGCAAGCACAACCGCGGCCAUGUGAAAGCCGUUCGUUGCACCAACUGCGCUCGCUGCGUGCCGAAGGAUAAGGCAAUCAAGAAGUUCGUCAUCCGCAACAUUGUGGAGGCUGCUGCAGUCCGCGACAUCUCUGACGCCUCGGUGUACAGCUCAUACGUACUGCCGAAACUGUAUGCUAAACUGCACUACUGCGUGUCGUGCGCUAUCCACUCGAAGGUUGUCCGUAACCGUUCGAAGGAGGCCCGUCGCAUCCGUACGCCACCGCAGCGAUCCUUCCCGAAGGACAUGAACCGACAGCAGAACGCUCAGCGAAAGUAAGC